UCGGGGGAGCGGGGCGGGCUGGGAUCGUAGCGGCGGCGGCGGCGGCUGGGAGCCGAGUCCGGAGCAUGGCGGGGACCGCGGCGGCCGCUCCUCCCACCCGCGGGGAACUUUCCGCUGCCGCCGCGGAUGCUGCCUCCUCCCCUCCGCGGCGGCCCCCGGCGCUGCCCGGCCCGGGGCUGCUGGGGCUGGGGCUGCUGCUCUGCUGCGGUGCCUUUGCUGGACCAGUUGUUGAUCCACAUGUAACAGCAGUUUGGGGGAAGAAUGUCACGCUGAAAUGCAUAAUUGAAAUAAAUGAAACAAUAACACAAAUCUCAUGGGAGAAGAUACAUGGUAAAAGUACACAGACCAUUGCUGUUCAUCAUCCUGAAUAUGGGUUUUCUGUUCAAGGAGAAUACCAAGGAAGAGUGUCAUUUAAGAACUACUCACUUACUGAUGCAACUAUCAUCCUAAACAAUAUAAGCUUCUCUGAUUCAGGAGAAUAUGUAUGCAAAGCAGUUACAUUCCCACUAGGAAAUGCUCAGUCAUCAACAACUGUAACUGUAUUGGUUGAACCCAUUGUGAGCCUAACAAAGGGACCAAACUCUUUAAUAGAUGGUGAAAAUCAGACAAUAGCAGCCAUUUGUACAGCAGCCACUGGAAAACCUGCUGCAGAUGUUGAUUGGGAAGGAGAUCUUGGAGAAAUGGAAUCCAGUUCUACUUUAUUUCCAAAUGAAACCGUGACAGUUGUCAGUCAGUACAAACUCAUACCCACCAAAUUUGCUAGAGGAAGACGCAUAACUUGUGUUGUGAGGCAUCCAGCUUUGGAGAAGGAGAUGAGAUAUCCUUACACAUUGGACAUACUAUAUGCCCCUGAAGUUUCAGUAACUGGGUAUGAUGGAAACUGGUUCAUUGGAAGAGAGCAUGUUCAGCUCCGGUGUAAUGCUGAUGCAAAUCCACUGCCCAUGGAAUUUACAUGGACCAGGUUGGAUGGGCAAUGGCCUGAAGGUUUAAUGUCUUCAAAUAAUACUCUGCAUUUCAACAAUCCAUUGACUUACAAUUAUACUGGGACUUAUGUAUGUAAGGUGACCAAUUCCCUUGGACAAAGAAGUGAUCAAAAGACGAUCUACAUAUUAGAUCCUCCUACUACUACUACACGACCACCCACGGUUCCAUGGCAUCCUUCAACUGAUGGCAUCACAGGUUUAGCAACAGAACCAAAACUAAUACAUUUUCCAACAUCAACCUUGCCAGCAAUGCAGGAAGACAAUUGGGGUAUCAUCAUCGCUAGUGCAGUGGGUGGGGCUCUCUUUCUGAUACUUGUAAGUGUUUUGGUUGGAAUUAUCUGCUAUAGGAGAAGACGGACGUUCCGUGGUGACUACUUUGCUAAGAACUACAUUCCACCAUCAGAUAUGCAAAAAGAGUCUCAAAUAGAUGUUCUCCAAUCAGAUGAUGUGGAUUCUUACCCUGACAGUAUAAAAAAAGAAAUAAAACAUCCAGUGAACAGUCUAAUAUCAAAAGAUUAUUUAGAAGACCCAGACAAACCAGAGUGGAACAAUGUAGACAAUAUUAACAGGUACCAAGAACGAUAUGAAAGACCAAUGGAUUAUUAUGAAGGAGGAACACUGGGAAUGAAGUACAUGGUUGGCGAAUGUUAUGAUGACAAUGAAGAAGACUUUGUGUCACAUGUAGAUGGCUCAGUAAUCUCCCGGAAGGAGUGGUAUGUGUAGUAACCACUGAUACCUUAACUUGAUUCAUACAGUUCCAUUCAUUAGUUGAUCAUUUUCAGGUUGUUUAUAUUUUUACUUGAGGAAAAACAAGCUUUUUGAAGUUGAUUUUCAAGCUUUUGAUAUUGUAAAAAUCUGGGUUAAAUGUAUCUGAGCUGCUUUAUGAUUUUUCAAUGCUGUACUACUGUCUUUGAAAAAAUAUUGGAAUUUUGAUGCAUAAUGCUUUAUUCGUCUACAGCACAUGUAAGAACCAAGUGCUAAAUUAAAGUUACCAUACAACGUUAGAAUUAAAAAGCAACUGUCUUGGCUUUGUGAUUUAAAAACUGUUUACCUGAGACUAUGAUCAAGUAUAAUCUUUGUUAAGCAUAUGGGGUUUUUAUGUAUAUUAGACAAAAACAAGUGAAUUGGUCUCAAAGCUGAAGUUUAUCUAAGGUAAAUUCAAUUCUUAAGUAAUUUUUUACCAUGCAAAAACAUGGAUUUGCUUAAAUCUGUUUUUUCAAAGAUAUAUUUUACUUUUCUACACAAAAUUGAACACCUCUUCGUUUUAAUGAGCCUUCCUGUAAUAUGAUGUGCAUAGUUAGUGGUAACUUUUAAAGAAAACAUGUUGCAUUGAAAAAGUUAGAAUUCUCAGUGAAGGAGUUUUAGAGGAAUAACAAUGAAUAUAUGGAAGGGUUUGUCCUGUAGUUGAUUUUUGAGAACCAUUUUUUUACGCUACAGUUCAUGUCCAAAAAGUACUAUUAGUCUAUAUACAGAAUUUGUCAGUUAUAGUCCUGUACUUUACAUGAGAUCAAAAACUGAUUCUCGAACUUAAAAAGAGAGAGAACUUUCAACUAGAAAUAAGAUGAUGCCUGGAAAGUUUUCACUGGGGAUUGGGAAAUACAAGGUUAGGUCUCAAUUAGAUAUAAAUUGUAAGUGUAUGGGGGAAACGAAUGGCGUUAAUAUAGCUAAGAUAUACAAGUUUAAGAUUCUAGUAGAAUACAGCAUAACAUAGUGUGCAGAACAUUAAAAGGUAAAGGGCAAAUUUUUACAAUUUUUUGUGAUUACAUCACCACGUUUAACAGUUCAGCAUACUUUUUUUUAAAACAUAUUUAUGAAAAGCGUUAACGUAAAAAAAGUGCUAUUUAAAAUAAAGGAAGUAGGGAAAUAAAUAUUGCUAUUUAAUGCUGUUAAAAAAUAAUUUGUACAAGCACACUGUGGAAUCCCCAGAACAGCAGUUGUAUGUAUUACUCAGUUGGGUUUGUUUGUAUUGCAUUGGUUUGCUUUGUUGCAAAUAAACAAGUGGAACUGUUGACUAAAACA